CGUCACAGGUGUCAGUGGGAGGAAUAGUGCCACGUCAUUGGUGUCAGUGGGAGGAAUAGUGCCACGUCAUUGGUGUCAAUGGGAGGAAUAGUGCCCCAUCAUUGGUGUCAGUGGGGGAGGAAUAGUGCCCCAUCAUUGGUGUCAGUGGGGGGAGGAAUAGUGCCCCAUCGUUGGUGUCAGUGGGGGGAGGAAUAGUGCCCCAUCGUUGGUGUCAGUGGGGGGAGGAAUAGUGCCCCAUCGUUGGUGUCAGUGGGGGGAGGAAUAGUGCCCCAU